CCCGGAAGUGGGUUUGUCAACAGAUGCGCAUGCGCACAUUGUGAAUUGAGUAUCAGUCAUUUCCAGAAAAAAGCGUUUAUUUUACUUGAUACUUUAAUGUGAGUAUACUGACAGUAAAUAAAAGCAUUAUUUUCGUAAUUCCCAAUUACAACUUAAGCUAGUAAAACAUGUCUGAUAAUUAUGGAGUCGAAGAUUUCGAAAAAAUCGAUUCGGUCCAGGCGGAUCAAGAUGGUAACAUCACGUCAACGUCUGUGACGGGGGACGGAGAAAUGGCUGAAGAGGACAGGUAUACUAGCGAGGAAAAUAACGACGACAAUCUGCUAGGCGACUAUGCCGAAACAGUACCAGUUGGCGAAGCUAUUAACAAUUCAAUGGGAUCGGGGGAACCCCUGAUUUCAUUUGAUAGCCCUGUACCAGAAGAGCAGGAACAGUUUGAACCAGAGCCAUCAAAGCCGGAACCUGUUCAAACUGUUACACCUACUGCAGCCGACGGUUCAGUUGGAGGUCGCAUGAACACAGAUUAUGGAGGUGUCAUGGGCUUGCCGGGCAUGCCAGUGCUUUGCUGCUGGGGAAAGAAUGUAGAUCCCAGGGAUGUAAGUAACAUGUCUGAAGGGGCUGAAGCUCAAAAAGGGGCCGAGAUGAGCCCCGACAUCUCGCCAGAAAGUAUAACGAAAGUUGAAACAUUGAAACAAUAUGACCAUGUUUAUGAGUCUGAGCUGAGUUCAGGAUCUGUGAUAAGUUCAUCUGACAACGAAUAUAGCAGUUCUGCAGAGGAUUCUGACUCAGAAAAUAGUGAAUCCCCUUCUUCUGGGGAGUUCAAUCUGGAUAUGGCUGAACCAGAAAAGAUGGAAACAGAACUUGCUGAAGAGCCUGGGGCUGCUUCAACAGAAGAAAAAAUCAAUGAAAAAAAUAAUGAACUCACUACAGAUAUGGACAAUAAUUCAGAUGCUCCAGAUAGCGAGAAGAUGAUGGAUGAUCAAAUGGGUGCUGUUGGAGGUUUAGCCCUUGACGAAGAUGAUCAAGCUUACAUUGCAUCUAAAACAAAAGUAGAAAGUGAUGCAUAUGUUGUUUACCCUGAAAAUAAUGACAUUACAGAUAACAAUGACUCUUGUGAAGCUGAUAAGGAAGUUUUUAAUCUGAAAGUUGGUUUAAGUGACCAAGAAAUGGACAGUAUUUUUGACAAACUUACUAAAGACGAAGAUGUGGAUAUUGACACAAGUUUAGAAGCAAGUGAAAUGCCUUCCUUUUCUCCUGACAAUGAAUUGAUAAUGACAGAGCCUAGAUCAGAUGUUCCAAUGUCAGUGUCUAAGGACACUUCAGAUGAUGAUAAGAGUUUUUCAUCCAAUGACUCUUCAGAUGGCUCAGAAGAUGAAGUAGUGUGUACUGAUAGUGAUGUUACUGACAAUGAAGAUGAAAAUGUUGGAGAGUGGAAUCCUUCACCAGUGUAUGAACAUUCUAAUAGCCUUGAGGAUGAUAGAUCUAAAUAUUUAGACAGCGGAAAUAUGGAAUCUGAAGUUCUACAAGGAUAUGAAUAUUCUGAUAAAGGAGAAGCUGCUGAAAGUGCCGUGGGUGACACAGAAUUGCAUAAUCUUAGAAAUGAUGUUAAGGGUCUCAUGGCAGAAGUGGAAUCCCUGGUACAAGAUAACAAAAGUGAGAACGUGAUGCUACCAAGUUUGUAUCCAGUAAGGAGUAUUGACAUUGAAGAGCCAGCUGAAUUCUCAGAGAAAAUUGAAGUAAUUCAUGACAAACCAGUGGAGUAUUGUAAAUCUUCAUUAAGUGAUCCAGCUAACAAAAUAGGCAGCACAAGUGAUCUUCUUCAUGUUAAGUUCUUUUCUCCUACAAACAUGAUUUUAUAUGAUCCUGAGUCACCAGUAAUUGAUAGGGUGUCAGUUGCUAUGAGUGAUGAGCUAAAUGAUUCUGAAGAAGAAGCAAGAUUAAAGGAAGUAGAUGAUGAACUUGAACAGCAAAAUCUCAAGGACAUCGAAGACUCACUUCCUUAUGCAGAUGAGUCUGUAAAUUUCGAAGAUGUUAAACAAGAGGUUGAAAUAAGACAAACAUCGAACUUAGAGGCUGAAGUGGUCAAGGAUUUGAGAGAGGUACUUGGUGAUCUUCAGGCAAAACGUGAACAAGAAAGGAAACAAGAGCAGAAUCAUGAAUCAGAUAAUAAUAUGUAUGGAGACAACAUUGAAUCUGUUAGUGUGGAAAAUGUGCAGGAAAUGUUUUCUAGCCUAAAAGAUGAAGAUUUUAAUGAUGUCUCAGACAAAGAUGAUUCAAAGAAUGAAGAGGAGAUUAUGGAGUCAUCUGUCGAAAAGGGACCAGAAGAAGAAAAAGAUAUUUCUGAAAAAGAUGCAGAUGGUGAAUUUGAAAUCCAGGAUGAUGAGGAAGUAGUGUUAAGACCUAAAAACAGAGACAGAGUUGAAGUAGACAGACAUGAUUUUGAUUCCAUGAUUAUUCAUGAUGUAAGUGAAGCUGAACCACAAUAUGGCGGAUAUGCAAGAGAGUCAAUGGUCAUACAUGAUAUUGACAAUGACAGUAUUAACAUCAAAGAUGCUAUAAACAGUGCUGCACAAGACCUUGUCUACAAAGAGGUACCCAAAAUUAAAUCAGACCAGUUAAAUAUUUGUGAAGAAAGUGAAAUUGAAUUAGAUAUUCAGGAAAAAGAUAACUCCCUGAUUUCUGAAAAUCCAAUGCAAGAGGUGCCAGACAUUAAUGAACCAGUUGAAGGGAUUGAAGAUAAUGAUUUUAGAGAGGAAUUAAUGGAUAUUGGAAGUGAAAUAAAUGAUAAUAAUGAUAAAAUUGAAAUAACCAAUAGUAAUAAGGAAAAAGAAGCCAUAUUAGAUGAUUUUGAAAUAAAAUCUGUGAAAGGCACAAAAUGUAUGGAGACUCAAAUGUCGGAAAAGGUUGAAUUUCAAGAAAAUGAAAAUACUAGUGCUGUUUCUGCUGAAAGUGUUGAGAUUGAAAUUCAGGAAAAUGAAAAUGCAGGUGAUAUUUGUUGCAAAAGUGAGCUGGUUAAUGAACGCAAAGAUGAAGUUCAGGCAAGUGAGUUAAGUAUCACAUGUGUUGAAGAUAUUGUUCAAAAAGAUGCACAGAGGACUGAAAAGCCAACUGAGAUUAAACAGAAGGCUAUAGAACUUGCACAAAUGGCAGUUAAGGAAGUGUUGGAGCUGAUCUACUGGCGCGAUGUGCGGAAGACUGGGGUCGUGUUCGGAAGCAUGUUGUUCGUGCUCAUUGCCCUGACGUUCUGCACAAUCCUUAGUGUUGCCGCCUACCUCUCCCUAGCGAUUCUCACUGUGACACUCAGCUUCCGCAUCUACAAGAAUGUCAUGCAGGCUGUCCAGAAAACAAACGACGGACAUCCAUUCAAGAAUCUGUUGGAGAUGGACCUGUCUCUACGAAGUGAUGUCGUUCAGUCCGCUGCCGACAAAAUUGCUGCAAACAUGAACAACAUGACUGCCGAACUGAGACGCCUCUUCCUUGUUGAAGACUAUGUUGACUCCAUCAAGUUCGGCCUGCUGCUGUGGCUGUUGACAUACGUGGGAAGCUGGUUCAACGGCAUGACUAUCAUCAUUCUUGGAGUGGUGGUGAUAUUCACGCUGCCGAAGGUAUACGAGACGUACAAGGGGCCAAUUGACCAGAACGUGAACAUGGUCCGUGGCCAGCUCAACAACAUCAUGGCACAGGUGUCAUCAAAAAUUCCUUUCCCCAAAAAGAAGGUGAAGUCCCAGUAAAGGAGAGUAAACAUCGGAGAAGGACAGAAAUUAGAAGUUCCAUCAUGCCGUCACUGGAUAUCACAGUUCGGAGACACAGCGUGAAGAUUUUUCAUGGAAAAUUAAGACUUACAUAAGGAUACAACAGUGUUGACUGUACAUUGAAGCUUGUUGAAAUCGAUCAUCACUCAUGUUAAGCUUAUAGCUGCUAACUUUUUGCACAAAUGUCAUAUAAAUGUUCAAUUAUUGUUUGUUGUUUUAAGGAGUUUGAUAGUCAAAAGAAGUUAAUUUCAUCAAAACAUGAUACUGCAUUACUGUUGAUAAAGAUGUUUGAGCGGCCAUUAUUUCUAUUAAAGGUGAAACAGUGUCAAAGUUAGGCAUUACUAUGUGGGAGGAAAAACUGAGAGAAAAUAUAGAAAGGAAGCGUUUCAAUCUUGAUGAUGUCGUACUGUUUCAAUAAACUAUGUUGUGCCGAAUUCUGCUUUUGUGCAAUGCAUGAAUGGAAAGGAUAGCUUGCGAGUAAAUGAGUAAAAUAACUUUCACUGUUUCUUUUGAUGUAAACUGAAAUACAAGUAGAUAUGACAGAUUUAUUUUAAAGUAAUUUAUUUGGGGUUGCGAUUAAUAUUGACUAAAGCUUAGAGAUAAUUUAGUAAAGAGAUAAUUCUUAGAAUUUCAUUCUCAACACAGAAAUUUAUUUUGGAUGUUUUGCUUUAAAGUUUCAAAAAAAAUAUAAAUCCCGUCUAUGAUUUUGGUAAUUCUGCUUCCAGUGGUAAAAAGUACUACAUUUGAAAAAAAACAACCCUCUCAUAUCUACUUGUGCCAAGUCUUGUCUCAAGUAUUUUUUUCCUUAACGAAUCUUCCUCUUUUGUCGUUCUUGUCUUUCAACUGUUGUUUCUUUGUUGCGAUUUUACAUCUGAUAAUACAAAGGCUAGUACUUAAGCAAUCUGCAUGCAAUGCAGUUGAUUGGUCUUUGCUCUAUUACUGAAGAUUGGAUUAGAAUUUAUCUUAGUUCCAUCUGUAUGUUUAUAUCCUCAAUAAGUGCCCAGAACUAUAUAGUGCUGUUUUACAAAAUGAGACUAUUUAUAUCUUCAUGUUUAUUUAUUGUUAUGAAAACCUAAUAUUGGUACUGCCUUCAAAUGUAUUUCCUCUUUUCUAUGAGUACAUAAUAAAGAUACCAUUUCUCUUUAAGUACUAAUCAUAAAAAAAUAAAUAUGCUGGACAAUUGGAAGAAUGAAUGUUCCUAGUUUUGUUUAUUUUCUGAUCUCAUAGUUGCCAGUUUAUUGUUCACUCUUUAAAAGGAAACAAAGUCCCUAUAGUUCAAACAGCUGGUAUAAACUUGUAUUAUCGUUUUUGCUUAUGAAACAGGGUAUGUAGAAAUUAAGUGUUUUCUCAACUAAAACUUGGUAGUGGUCACUGAAAUUAAAAGUCGCUGUUAAACAGUUGUUCUUACAAACCUUUCAUACAAAAAUUAGAAUUUAAUAUUUAAAACCUGGCACUAAUUGUUUAGUUUCAACUUGAGCAGCUGCAGAUAAACUACAUUCAUAAGAACUUAAUAUGUGUCUUCAAUGCCAAUUUUGAAAAAUCACUUUCGAUUAAAGAUUGUAAAAUGUAAAUAUUACCAUGUUUCAAUUUGCAAUGUUUGGGCUCACGGCGGCUUUGAAUGUAUCGUUGUGACUUGAACAUGUGAAGCUGUUGAAAAUGUAUGGUAUUUAAGAGUUGAUAUAUGUACCAAGGAGUUUGCAGAGUUCCACUUAGUAAAUUCCUAUGAUGAACAGAUAUAAUGCGGCUAUGUGAUUUUUGUAACAUCAGUACCAUUCAUAUUGUAGAGCUUGUGCCUAAUAUUUGUAUAUUUGUUAAAGUCAACUGUGUAAUAACAUUUAUAACUAUUUUGUAAAAUGUUGUAUAGUUACUGAAUAUUGGUGUGCACAAGGCAUUCAAUACUUUAUAAUAAUGUGUUAAACAUGUUUUGAAGCAGCUUCGUUUCAUAUAUGUGAAGUAUUGUCAUAAAAUAGAGUUUUCAUGUUUGUAACAAUGUAAAGUAUAUGACUUUGUAUUUAGAAAGAACAUCCUUACAACAUAAUCUUCUUUUUCUCUCAUAUUUGCAUGUUAAGAUGUAAAUUUAAUGGAGAAUACAUAACAGAAUAGAGCAAUAUAAAUACAUACUGUCUACCAAUUAUUGUGUGCAUUUUCAUGAACUGCAACAAGAAAAAAAUAGGUCAUAUUGAUGACAUCAAAUAUGAUCAUAAACAGAGUCCGAAACAAUGUAAAAUCUUCCAUGGAAUUUAAAAACAUGGCACUCUAUAUGUGCUGGCAUUCUAUUUUUAGUCACAGGAAUAUAUGAUACAUGUCAUAUUUCCUGUUAACAACAAAUUUACCACAGGACCUACUUCUACUUGUUGCGGUUCAGAUAUAUUGUAUUCAAUUAGCAUUGUGAGAUUACUUAAUAUUAUCUUUAGGUUAGUAAUGCUUGUAAAUAAAGACCAUGACUUCACUUUAUAAAGGCAAAUUAGGACUGGAACCUCGUUUAAGUUCAGGCAAAUUAGGACUGGAACCUCGUUUAAUUUAAGGCAAAUAAGGACUGGAACCUCAUAAAAUUAAGGCAAUAAUAACAUUUUAUGUAUCAAUAGAAUUUGUUUUUUCCUAAAUAUUAAUCAAUGAGUACAAGUAUACCUAUUUGAUAGUAUUUUUUCAUGUAGGUCGUUUACACGGCCAUGUUAUUUGUGUAACGUAUCAGUCAGUGUGUUUCUAGCUUAGCAAGCAAUGUAUGCCUUUCUUCCACUUUGUCAAUAUUAUCUUUUUUUAUUUUAAAUGGUUAUUAAAACGUUUUUCUGUCCA